AAUAGGAGCAGGCAAGUGUGGCCUGCAGCCAUUUGCCCAGCAAUACUGUGUGUAUGUUCUGUGGAAGCUGACAAUUUGCGCUCCCCCUUCCCCUCGCCACUUGCCGGUCCCGUUGUGAGGAGGCAGCAGCAGGCACCGGGGCUUGGAGCAGUUGUGCCGAUUGCAGAGAGGACAGCACAGGAAGGAGGAGCAGCAGCAACAUCAGCUUCAGCCCAUUAAACCGUGGAGACAGCAGAGAGGGUUUGUGCCAGCCUGGGCACUGCUUAAUCUCAUCCAGGGACGGAGGAUGCCAGGUAAAACCAACAGGAGCUCCAGUGGAAGGAGCGGCGAUCCCCAAGGGGAUGAAGCGCAGAGGAAAAAGAAGAAAAAGAAGACAUCGUGCUUCCUAAAUAUCAAGAUCUUCCUGGUGUCCGAGUGCGCACUGAUGUUAGCGCAGGGCACGGUGGGAGCCUACCUGGUCAGUAUGCUGACAACGCUGGAACGGAGAUUUAACCUACAGAGCGCAGAUGUUGGGGUCAUUGCCAGCAGCUUUGAGAUUGGAAAUUUAGCGCUCAUAUUGUUUGUUAGUUACUUUGGUGCCAGGGGACACAGACCACGGUUGAUAGGAUGCGGAGGUAUUGUUAUGGCCCUUGGAGCUCUUCUUUCAGCUCUUCCUGAAUUUCUGACUCAUCAAUACAAAUAUGAACCUGGUGAGAUCCGAUGGGGUGCAGAAGGAAGAGACAUUUGUAGCAUCAAUGAUACUUCGAGUGGUGAAAUUCCAGACCCGGAUAUUAUCUGCAGCAAUACAGCCACCACCAACAUGAUGUACUUGCUUUUGAUCGGUGCACAGGUCCUACUUGGGAUUGGAGCUACCCCUGUACAGCCCCUUGGAGUUUCUUAUAUUGAUGACCAUGUGAGAAGGAAAGAUUCUUCCCUUUACAUAGGAAUACUCUUCACCAUGUUGGUAUUUGGACCAGCCUGUGGUUUUAUCUUGGGCUCCUUCUGUACUAAGAUCUAUGUGGAUGCCUUUCUUACUGACACAAGUAAGCUGGACAUAACGCCUGAUGACCCACGCUGGAUUGGAGCCUGGUGGGCUGGUUUCCUUCUCUGUGGUGUCUUGCUCUUCUUUUCAUCGCUCCUGAUGUUUGGUUUCCCACAGUCCCUUUCCCCACGCAUUGACCGCUCAGAGGAGAGUGAGCAAACCAUGUUGCCUGACACAGAAUAUGAGAGACCCAAGCCUAGUAAUGGGGUUCUCAGACAUUCCUCAGAAACGGAGGACGGCACUUCUUGUUUCCAGCAACUUAGAGUGAUUCCCAAAGUGACCAAGCAUUUGCUUUCGAAUCCUGUGUUUACCUGCAUCGUUCUCGCAGCUUGCAUGGAAAUCGCAGUGGUUGCAGGCUUCGCAGCAUUCCUGGGGAAAUACCUAGAGCAGCAGUUUAACCUGACAACUUCUUCUGCCAAUCAGCUGUUAGGAAUGACAGCCAUACCCUGUGCCUGCUUAGGCAUUUUCCUUGGUGGGCUUCUUGUGAAAAAGCUAAGCUUGUCUGCUUUGGGGGCUAUCAGGAUGGCCAUGCUGGUAAACCUUGUGUCCACGGCAUGUUACGUGUCCUUUCUCUUCCUGGGAUGUGACACAGGCCCUGUGGCUGGAGUGACUGUUCCCUAUGGAAACAUCUCUGUCCCUGGUGCCUCUGUGGAGCGAUACGCUUCCUGCAACACUGACUGUGAGUGCCAGACUGACUCCUUCACUCCUGUGUGUGGUGCUGAUGGAAUCACAUAUCUGUCUGCUUGCUUUGCUGGCUGCACGAAAAUGAAUCUGGCUGGCUGCUCCUGUCUCUCUUCGGUCCCUGUGGAGAAUAACACGGUCGUUCCUGGAAAAUGUCCCAGCCCUGGUUGUCAAGAGGCCUUUCUCACAUUCCUGUGUGUCAUGUGCGUCUGCAGCAUGAUAGGAGCUAUGGCCCAGACGCCGUCAGUUAUCAUUCUCAUCAGGGCAGUAAGUCCUGAACUGAAGUCAUAUGCCCUGGGGGUUCUAUUCCUUCUUCUCCGUUUGAUAGGGUUUAUUCCUCCACCACUGAUCUUUGGAGCAGGAAUUGAUUCAACGUGCCUCUUCUGGAGCACAUUUUGUGGAACACAAGGAGCAUGUGCACUGUAUGACAAUGUGGCGUACCGAUACUUGUAUGUUAGCAUUGCAAUAACACUGAAAUCAUUAGCGUUCAUCUUGUAUACCACAACAUGGCAAUGCCUGAGGAAAAACUAUAAAAGAUACAUAAAAAACCACGAGGGUGGACUGAGUGCAAGUGAGUUCUUUGCCUCUACACUCACCCUGGACAACCUGGGGAAAGACUCUGUGUCCCAAAACAAAACUCAUAGGACAAAAUUCAUAUAUAAUCUUGAAGACCACGAAUGGUGUGAAAAUAUGGAGUCUGUUUUAUAGUAGUAGGUGACUGAACUAAUUCUAUAGUGUCAUUUGAGCUUUCUCCUUUUUUAAAGGAAAAAAAGACAUUAUAUGCUUCUAUCAGACUUAGCCUGGACAGCCCUUGAUGUUCAGAAUUAGCUACAAAAUGGCCUAGCAAACUAACAAAAAUGUAUUGUAACUAAGGCCUUUAACAUCUGAUCUUCCAACAGCAAUGGUAAUGCUAAUGGUAAUGCUCCAGACAACGAUGACUGUUUCAAAAGUAGAGCUCAAUAGGCUGAGAUGUUUGAAGAAAAGUGGAUAUAAAGCCAAACAAAGCUGGCGGGUUACCAGUAUAUAAAUUAGUAUCAUUAUGCAAUACUGCAUUCUGAUUGGUACAAGCGCUAACAAUUUUUUUCUGGAAAAUGGCACACUAAGAACGCAAGUCCAAUAUCAGCUCUCUCUUUGCUGUGAAUGACAACCCAGAAUCUAAUACACUGUACUCAACUUAGAGGCUUCCUAAACAUGAAACAACACAGUUAA